ACUUAUUUUCGCAAUGGCAGCUGGUGUCUUCAAGAGCUUUAUGCGCGAUUUCUUUGCGGUGAAAUACGAUGACCAACAGAGUGAUCCCCAAUCGGAGCGUAUAGAUGGCAAUGGCCGCCACUAUCCCAACUGCUCCUCGGAUGUUUGGUUACGAUCCUGCGAGCGUGAGAUUGUCGAUCCCAUUGAAGGCCAUGUCAGUGGGCACAUACCAAGUUGGAUAACCGGCAGUCUUCUCCGGAAUGGUCCCGGCAGCUGGAAGGUGGGUGACAUGACCUUUGGCCACCUGUUCGAUUGCUCGGCGCUGUUGCAUCGAUUCGCCAUUAAGAACGGUCGUGUAACUUACCAGAAUCGAUUCGUGGACACGGAAACGUUGCGAAAGAAUCGCGCUGCCCAGAGGAUCGUGGUCACAGAGUUUGGAACGGCGGCCGUACCAGAUCCCUGUCACUCCAUCUUCGACAGAUUUGCAGCCAUCUUCCGCCCGGACAGCGGUACUGACAACUCGAUGAUUUCCAUAUAUCCAUUUGGGGACCAGUAUUACACGUUCACCGAGACGCCCUUCAUGCAUCGGAUCAAUCCUUGUACCCUGGCCACCGAGGCUCGAAUCUGCACCACGGACUUUGUAGGGGUGGUGAAUCACACCUCGCAUCCGCAUGUCUUGCCCAGUGGCACCGUCUACAAUCUGGGCACUACAAUGACAAGAUCUGGGCCGGCUUACACGAUCCUUUGCUUUCCACAUGGACAACACAUGUUCGAGGAUGCUUAUGUGGUGGCCACGCUUCCUUGCCGCUGGAAACUCCAUCCUGGUUACAUGCACACCUUCGGGUUGACGGAUCACUACUUUGUGAUCGUGGAGCAGCCGCUAUCCGUAUCCCUUACGGAGUAUGUCAAGGCCCAGGUCCAAGGACACAAUCUCUCCGCUUGUCUCAAAUGGUUCGAGGACAGCCCGACACUGUUCCAUCUCAUAGAUAGGAGCUCAGGAAAACUGGUCCAGACCUACGAGUCGGAGGCCUUCUUCUACCUGCACAUCAUCAACUGCUUUGAGCUGGAUGGUCAUGUGGUUGUGGAUAUUUGCAGCUAUAGGAAUCCCGAGAUGAUUAACUGCAUGUACCUGGAGGCCAUUUCCAAUAUGCAAUCGAAUCCCAAUUAUGCCUCACUCUUCCGUGGACGCCCUCUGAGAUUUGUGCUGCCUUUGGGUACAGUUCCACCCUCGAGUUCUGGAAAGCGGAAGCUGGUAAGGUCCUUUUCGCUGGCAGGACUAAGUCCUCCCCAGGCUAGCCGAACUAUGAGGCACUCGGCUUCUCAGUAUGAGGAUAUCACCUAUAUGCCCACCAAUGGCAGGCAGGAGACUCCGGCAGAGGAAAGCCCAAAAAAAUACGAAAAGGCUGACGAUAAUUCGAUAAAUCUUGUGACUUUGGAGGGCAGUGAAGCUGAGGCCUACCGGGUCACUAAUGGCAUAUUCCUGCGGCCAGAAAUGCUAUGCAACUGGGGCUGCGAAACGCCCAGAAUAUACUACGAGCAAUACAUGGGAAAGAAAUAUAGGUACUUUUAUGCCAUCAGCUCCGAUGUGGAUGCAGAAAAUCCAGGAACUCUCAUCAAGGUGGAUGUGUGGAACAAGACCAGCCUGACUUGGUGCGAGGAAAAUGUCUAUCCCAGUGAACCCAUUUUUGUUCCUGCUCCAGAACCGAAAUCCGAGGACGAUGGCGUUAUACUGGCCUCUAUGGUGGUUGGUGGCCUCAACGAUCGCUAUGUGGGUCUGAUAGUGCUCUGUGCCAAAACUAUGACCGAGCUGGGACGUUGUGACUUCCAUACCAACGGACCAGUGCCCAAGUGCCUUCAUGGAUGGUUUGCACCCAACGCAAUUUAGGAUCGUGCCUCAGCACGUCCAGUAUUACGCAUAGACUAAGACUAGAGUGACCUU